UGGGAGGAAGCGUGUUUGGAGGGGAGCAGCGAAGGGUGCUGGAGAGGGUUCCCCACGUGCCUCACCACGUCCUGCACCGUGUCACCUUCUCAUCACCGCACGACCUCUGCUGGUGUCCCCUCCUGUCCUCGAUGGCAUCCCCGGUGCCUCGCCGCGUGCGCCUGCGCCCAUGGUUGGUGGCCCAGGUGGACAGCGGCCGUUUCCCAGGGCUGCACUGGUUGGAUGCGCGGCGUCGACUCUUUGUGGUCCCAUGGCACCAUGCCACGCGGCAUUUCCCGGCACACGGCGGCGAUGAUGACACCGUCUUCAAGGCAUGGGCAGCAGAGACAGGGAAGUUCCUUGCGGGGCGGGAUGAGCCGGAUCCUGCCAAGUGGAAGGCGACGCUGCGUUGUGCCCUCAACAAGAGCCGCGAGUUCCGCCUGCGCUACGACGGCACCCGCGCUGUGCCCCCCCGGCCCUAUAAGGUGUACGAGGUCUGUGGGGCCGACGGAGCAGACACGGUGACCGGGGAUGACUUCAGCUGUGGUGGGGAGGAAGAGGAGGAGGAAGAAGAUGUCAGUGAGCUGCAGAAGCUGAUGUCUCUGAGCAUCGAUGACUGUGGAAUGGACCCAGUGCCCCCCUGGCACGAGGAGCACCCCCCGUUCAGCAACGCCGACCCCACAGUGCCCUUCAUGCCCCCUGAGCUGCCCCCUGAGCUGACCUCACAGCUGCCCCCUGAGCUGAACCCACAGCUGACCCAACAGCUGCCCCCACAGCUGCCCCCCCCGGGACCCCCAGCACUCCUGGAACAUGGUGUCCCCAAUCUGCUGGCCAGCCCUCACCUGCUACCCCUGACGGACCUGGAGCUGCGCUUCCAGUACCGCGGGCGGCGGGUGAGCGCCCUGACCGUCAGCCACCCCCUGGGCUGCCGCCUGUCCCACGGGGGGUCCCUGCCCCCCACCCCGCAACGCCCCGACCUUCUGGGACACCCCGAGCUCCAGCAGGUCCCCUUCCCGGACCCCGAGGGGAUCCCGCACGACAAGCAGCGUCGCUACACCCGCACUCUGUUGGGGGCCAUGGAGCGGGGGCUCCUCCUGGAGCUGGGGGGACAGGACCUCUAUGCCACCCGCCUCUGUCGCUGCAAAGUGUUUUGGGAUGGGCCCUGCGCCCCACCUCAGGACCCCCACCUCGACCCCCGGCCCAACCCCAUGGAGAGGGAGAGGAGGGUCCAAGUGUUCAGCCUCCAGCGGUUCCUUGACGGGCUGAUCCUGUUCCAGAAGGGGCAGAGCCCAACACCACCGCCCUUCGAGGUUUUCCUGUGCUUUGGGGAGGAGUGGCCCGACCACAGACCCAAGGAGAAGAAGCUCAUCACUGUGCAGGUGGUGCCAGUGGCAGCACGGCUGCUGCUGGAGCUGUUCUCAGGGGAGCUGUCGUGGUCGGCUGACAGCGUCCCGCUGCAGAUCUCGCAGCCCGACCUGAAGGAUGCCCUGGUGGAGCAGUUCAAGGAGCUGCACCGCCUGUGGCAGCAGCAGCAGCGCCCGGAUCCCGGCCCGCGGCCCCCGCUGUGACAUGGGGAUGGGGAGAAA